AUGGCUCAAUCACUCCCCGCUAUGAAGACGAACCCCAAGUUCAUCUUCUUUACCGACUUUGAUGGAACCAUCACCCUCUUCGACAGCAAUGACUUUAUGACCGACAAUGUUGGCUUCGGCUACGAAAAGAGACGCGAGGGUAACAUGAACGUUCUGAACGGCACCGAGAGCUUCAGAGACUCGUUCAAGCGCAUGAUGGACAGUGUCAAGAUGCCCUACGAUGAGUGCAUCAAGUACGUCUCGGACAACGUCAAGCUCGACCCUGGUUUCAACGACUACUUGCAGUGGGCUAUCAAGAACAACAUUCCCACUGUUGUUCUAUCAUCUGGCAUGGAGCCCAUCAUCCGCGCCAUUCUCGAGAAGCUUGUUGGCGAGAACGCAAAGCAUAUUGAUGUCAUCUGCAACAACAUUAAGGCAAGACCUGGCAAGCAGAUCAACGAGGAAGGAGGUUGGGAGCUCGUCUACCACGACGAUUCACACUUUGGUCACGACAAGAGCUUGACCAUCCGUCCUUACGCUCAGCUUCCCGCUGAUCAGCGCCCUACCCUGUUCUACGCUGGUGACGGUGUCUCGGAUUUGAGUGCUGCUAAGGAGACCGACCUUCUGUUCGCCAAGUCUGGUCAUGAUCUCAUUCAGUUCUGUGUCAGAGACAAGAUUCCUUUCACCGUCUUUGAGGACUGGAGCCAGAUAAAGGCCAAGGUCCAAGAAGUUGUUGAGGGUAAGGUUUCCGUCCAAGAGGCUGCCAAGCAGGGUGUAGAGGCCUACGAGAAGGGCCAGGCUGGUGUUAAGCCUACCGCCUAA